AUGACGGCUCCGGAGGAGCCUGCGAGCACCAGCUCGGUGCGUGUGCUGCGGGACUGGGACCGCGGGGCCAGCGACACCCGCACCCACAUGCUCGACUCCUUCCUGACCCGCUACGCUGGGAAAACCUCUCAUGAACAACUGGGAGGAUGUGUUGCAAGUCUCUUCCUAGCCCGACUCACUACGUGGAUGAGAGUAUUAUCAAUCUCUGGAACAUUUUCAGGACUCCUACUGAAAGCAAUCGGGAUUUUCUUGUCUGCUUCUAAUGACCAGUACGUGCUGGAGUUCGUGGAGGAUGGGGGUGUCCUCACCCUCCUGGACAUUAUAGGCCACUCUCAGUGCAAAGAGGAUCACAAGGCUGAAGUCCUUCACCUUCUACUCACCAUCUCAGAUGCUGGUCUCGAGUACAAAGAGUUCAUCUGUGAAAACCAUGGAGUGAAGGUCAUAGCAGAUUGUCUGGCCAUUUCAAAUGCUGAUGAAGCCCCACAGACAGCUGGGGCCCUCCUGGAGUCCCUCUCCCAUGGAAACCCCAAAUAUCAAGACCAAAUUUACCAGAGCUUGAUCACCCUCAUGACCUGCUUAACAUCUAAAUCCCAGCAGCUGGUCCUGCACACCAUACACAAUGUCCAGCUGAAACUGAAAACAGCACAUCACAACAUCGUAGCACCUCUCCUUAACAUGCUCAGGUCCCAGCACCAGGAGGUCCAGGAUGAGGCUAUUAAUCUGAUUUUUGACCUAAAACAUUAUGAUGUAAAGGCAAAGCUGCUCUGUGGGCUGGUGGCCCUGCUGAGGCCCAUUAAAGAGGAAUUACAGCAGCACCAGCUCAAUGACGAAGCUGAGACGAUCAAAGGGACCAGAGCUCUCCCUGCGUUUGUUCAACAAGCUGCUGCAGCAAAAACAAUACGGUUGCUGGCUGAGGCAGAUCAAGAGCUUUCUCACGAGCUUCUAUAUCUUGGAGUUAUCCAACAUCUUCUUUAUGCAAUGGGCAACAGAGAACAUGCUGAUGCCCAAAUACAAGGCAGCCUUGCCCUCAGGCACUUUGUCCAAUCAUUCCCAGGGAUUGGGAAACAUGUGCAGAAAGUCAUGGGCACUAUACUGUUUGCAGCCUUCACUAACAAGGCUGAAACGUUACAUAUCAAUAUGAACAAAAAACAAGCAGAAAUCCUACAGUCAAACAAGGUCAACAUAUCUCAAGAACGUGGCGGGAUCCAAACACCCACGUGGUCCAGCAGCGGAGACAACAGUGGGAAAGUUGUGUGUUUAGCCAUGAGCAAGUUAUGUACAUCCAUAGUUAAAAACAAAAGAGCCCGUCUAGAGAUGUUAGGAACGACAAGACCGACGCGGAAGAGAUCAAGGACAGCCGUGAAAGAAGAGGACACUCCAAGUGCAUCCUCAUCAUCUUCAUACCACACUUUCUCUGAUCUCUCUGAUGUGGUGCAUCUGCGCCGUCAGCUCCUGACCUGGUAUGACAAGGAGCAGAGGGAACUGCCAUGGAGGACUCUGGCUCUGACAGAGUCAGAUCUCAACAUCCGGACAUAUGCAGUCUGGGUUUCUGAAAUAAUGCUGCAGCAGACUCAAGUUGCCACAGUAAAAGACUACUACAACAGAUGGAUGAAGAAGUGGCCCACCGUGCAGGAUCUCGCAGCUGCUACACUAGAGGAGGUGAACCAGAUGUGGGCGGGCCUCGGCUACUACUCCCGUGGAAGAAGGCUGCAUGAAGGUGCACAGAAGGUCGUCUCUGAGCUGAAGGGACAGAUGCCUCGAACAGUUGCCAACCUGCUGAAAGAGUUGCCUGGCGUGGGGCGCUACACCGCUGCAGCUGUAGGCUCCAUCGCACUGGCGGAGGUUACUGGGGCAGUGGAUGGAAAUGUGAUUCGGGUGCUGUGUCGCCUGAGAGCCAUCGGCGCUGACAGCACAAGUCCUGCAGUGACAGAGGCUCUUUGGAACCUUUCCAAUAUGCUGGUGGAUCCAGACAGACCUGGAGACUUCAACCAGGCCAUGAUGGAGCUGGGAGCACGAGUCUGCACCCCUAAAGGCCCCUUGUGCAGCCAGUGUCCUGUCCAAUCACACUGCCGCUCAUAUCGUAAGGUUCAAGGCAAACAACAGCAAAACUCUAAGAAGCUGUUGGGGAAGCUAGAGAAGAAGAUUUCAGGCCUGCCUGAUAUAGAAGACUGCUUGAACAGUGAAACUUGUCGGUUGUGUCCUUCGGAGCCCUGGGACGAUGAGCUGGGUGUUCACAACUUCCCCAGAAAGCCACCAAAGAAGGCCCCCCGCGUGGAGCGAACUCUGACCUGCGUGGUGACCAGGCUCGCAGAGGGGGGGGACCGCAUGUACCUGCUCACGCAGAGACCAAACAAGGGUUUGCUGGCGGGCCUGUGGGAGUUUCCUAGUCUUCUGCUGCAGGAAGAAAACUCAGAGUUAAAACAAAAGAGAGUGCUGCGCAGUGAAAUCAGCAGAAUACUGGGAACACCUUUAAACGAAAGCCUCCUCCAGUAUGUGGGAGAGGUGGUUCACAUCUUCUCCCACAUCCACCAGACCUACGUGGUUUAUAGCGUGCACCUAAAGAGCAGUGACACACAAGCACAGACUGAGAACACACAGUGGCUCACCAGAGCUGCUCUCCAGGAGGCUGCUGUGUCCACGGGACUCAAAAAGAUCGUGAAGCUUUUAGAUUCUGAAGAUGAUCUAAAGGAAAAAACCCGUAAGGAUGGAAAAAGACAAAAGGACAAAGGCCUAAAGAUUAACAAGACUUCAAAAAAGGCCAGACUGGCUUCAGGGAAGGGUGAAGGAAGACAGCUCUCUCUGAGCUCCUUUUUCAAGACUGUGAAAGAGGAAUGCAGCUAGCGCUGCGAAGGCCCUGCAUGGUGCCUUUCCAUGUGGGAGCGUCUCAACGUUAAAGCAUUACUUCUGUGUUUCCAAUUAACCUUGUUGUUAUUGUUAUUAUUAUUUUUUUUAUUUUUAUUUUUAUUUUUAUUUUAUUGGCUUUGUCUCGAACACAACAAAACCCAAUCAAAUUAAAAGCAUCAAAAUAUUUAAAAAAAAGCAAAACAAUUUUACAGUCUCAUUCAAAAAUAAAACACACAGCAAAACAAUGUGUUCGAGAGGGAACAGGAGGAAGCAGAACGCUUAUUUAGUCCUGUCCCUUCCUCACAAUAUCAUAUCAUAUAUAACCUAUAAAAAUUGAAAGAGAAGAAAAGAAAAGAAAGGAAAAAGACAAAAUAACAAAAAAUAAAUAAGUACAACACAAACAACCAAUAAGCAAUAUCAGUAAUUAUAAUCAUAAUUGAACCGGUCUCCUACAAUAUCCUAAAUUCAUUCAAAUUGUAUUAUUAUUAUCGUAGAACUGAUCCCAGAACGCUAACCUGCAAUGCAAAAGCAUUGGGAUAUACUGUAUAUUUUAAAUCUGGAAGAUGUUUUUAAUCACUCUCAUUUUAGAUUUCUAUGAAUAGUGCUUUGAAAACUGCCCUGUGAUUUUUAUAUCAGCUUCCUACACCAAAUAUGUAUUAUUUUAAUAAAAUGAAACACAAAAAAGUC